ACGCACUGUGAUAUUUUCAUCCAUCAGUGCCAACACUUCGUACAUCCAUCACUAACUACGAAAAACUCACUGUUUUUGGACUGUAGAACUCUGGGAUCAUCGACAACAUGAUUUUGGCAGUCAGGAAACAUCUCUUCGCUUCCAACAUCUUCUUUUUCUUCAUCAUUUUCAUAGUGCAGAAGUUCAUUCAGGUCUUCUGCAUCAUCGAGGAAAAGGCCUGCAAGAAUGCCAAUUGUCCGGCGAACAAACGAUGCGAUGAACGUUGUGUUGCUUCAGCUGAUGAUGCCCCACCGUCUCCCAACUCGGCUGCAGGCCAUUCGACUUCCUCGUCUACCUAUUCAACACCUUCGUCAACGCCACCACCAUCGCCCAAACCCCCAGUGAGAGGUCUAAGACUCAUACCCAUGGCUAUGCGUAAGACUAUGCGCAAUUUUGGUUUCGGCGAAGGUCAUUUUCAACUCUUUGUCGAGGAGAAGCAACGCCAGAAGUACAUCUCAAAAUCCCGCUUGAAUGCGGCCACUGCUGAGGUUAAACUCAAUCCCAAUUAGAUUUCAACAUGCACAACAACUCCAUGAGAGAGUAUUUUGGACAAGCAUAUGAUGUCGAUGCAAUCGAUCUUAUUUUCCA